GGGGGGGUGAUGGCGGCCAUGGCGGCGCUGGCGGCGGCGCCGCUCGGUCCUCGCUGAGGGCCGGGACCCCCCAAAAGCCUCCCGGGACCCCCCGGAAUCGCCCCCGGGAAGCUCCGGGAGCGGCGGCGGAGCUGGCGGAGCUCGGCAGAGGCGGCGGCGGCGGGGCCGGGAGCGCGAGGAUGCGCAGCCAGUGCCUGCUCGGCCUCCGCUCCUUCGUGGCCUUCGCCGCCAAACUCUGGAGCUUCGCCCUUUACCUGCUCCGGAGGCAGGUCCGGACCGUGAUCCAGUACCAGACCGUGCGCUACGACGUCCUGCCCCUGUCUCCCAUCUCCAGGAACCGCCUGAACCAGGUGAAGAGGAAGAUUCUGGUGCUGGAUUUGGACGAGACCCUGAUCCACUCCCACCACGACGGGGUCCUGAGGCCCACGGUGCGGCCCGGGACCCCCCCCGACUUCAUCCUCAAGGUGGUCAUUGACAAACACCCCGUGAGGUUCUUCGUGCACAAGCGGCCGCACGUGGAUUUCUUCCUGGAGGUGGUGA